AUGGGGGCUGGAGCGAGCGCAGAGGAGAAACACUCCAGAGAGCUGGAGAAGAAGCUGAAGGAGGAUGCCGACAAGGAUGCAAGAACUGUCAAGCUGCUGCUGCUAGCUUCAUCACCUUCCCAUGACCACGUAGGUGCUGGUGAAUCAGGAAAAAGCACUAUCGUCAAACAAAUGAAAAUUAUCCACAAAGAUGGUUACUCACUUGAAGAAUGCUUGGAGUUCAUUACGAUCAUUUACAGCAACACCCUGCAGUCCAUCAUGGCUAUUGUGAAGGCCAUGAACACUCUCAACAUUAACUAUGGCCACUCUGAUCAGCAGGAUGAUGCCAGGAAACUCAUGCAUCUUGCAGAUACCAUUGAGGAAGGCACCAUGCCUAAGGAGCUGUCAGAGAUUAUUCUGCGCUUGUGGAAGGACACCGGCAUACAGGCGUGCUUUGACAGGGCCUCGGAGUACCAACUCAACGACUCAGCUGGAUAUUACCUGAAUGACUUGGAGCGACUGAUCCAACCAGGCUACGUGCCCACUGAGCAGGAUGUGCUGCGAUCAAGAGUGAAGACCACUGGUAUCAUCGAGACCCAGUUUUCUUUCAAGGAUCUCCAUUUCAGGUGAAUCAGCAUGAUGUUUUAUCACGAGGAUAGCACCAGUAACCCUUUCAUCACAGUUCCUACUGUGCUGGAUUUCAAUCAUAAUAAAGAUAACAUACUUCUGUUUCCAUGCAGAAUGUUUGAUGUGGGCGGCCAGAGAUCAGAGAGGAAGAAGUGGAUCCAUUGUUUCGAAGGUGUGACCUGCAUCAUUUUCAUUGCCGCUUUGAGCGCCUACGACAUGGUGCUGGUGGAGGAUGAUGAAGUGAAUCGAAUGCACGAAAGUCUGCACUUGUUCAACAGUAUCUGCAACCACCGCUACUUCGCCACCACCUCCAUUGUACUCUUCCUCAACAAGAAAGAUGUGUUCGUUGAAAAGAUCAAGAAAGCUCACCUCAGCAUGUGCUUCCCUGAAUACGACGGCCCCAACACUUACGAGGAUGCUGGUAACUACAUCAAAGUGCAGUUCUUGGACCUGAACAUGCGCCGAGAUGUAAAAGAAAUCUACUCUCACAUGACCUGCGCUACAGACACAGAGAACGUCAAGUUUGUGUUUGAUGCCGUAACAGACAUCAUCAUCAAAGAAAACCUGAAAGAUUGUGGUCUCUUCUAAGAGCCACGCUGAGACGUCUAAUGAAGGGUGAUGUUGUAGCCCUGUUACAUUCCACAAAUCCCUUCUCAAUUCAAAUGGAGGAUGAACAAAGAUGAAAACCAUCCCUUAAAACAGCCAUCCUCAAACCGGCGAACGCAAAAAAUAAAAAAUGAAAUUUGUUGUGUUCAAAACUGAGUUUUAGCUUUGACCAAAGACUUCAGGUCAACUGAGACCAGAAGACAGCUCUUAAAGUCAGAAAAUCCUGUGCAGAUUUCAGACGAGUAAAAUUUUAGUCAAGCUAACUUUUCUCUUGCGUCUCUUGAACUCUUUUCAGAGGGCUAUGCAAUCUGUAGUUAAGACACCAAAAGCUUCUGUCAGCAUAAAGUGAAAUUCUUCUGAAUUGUACUAAUGUGAAUAGAUGAAAUAUUGUCUCUUUGCUCCAAUAACCGGUUGGUAUUUAGCCAAAAAAAAAAGAAAAAAAAAACCAAUCAUCUCACCACCUGCAAACGCACUUCAACUCAAGUUAAAAAUUAAAGAUUUAAAAAGAACCUGACACUAGAAAGGGUUUUACAUACAAAUGCUUCAGAACAGUUUGAGACCGUUCAGUUGGGUAACAAACUGAAUAUUUAUGGAAACUUUUAGAAAGAGUAACUUUUUGCAAUAGUUGAGAAGGGUCAAUGUAUAUAAUUAAACUGCUUUCCAUUGGACAGUUCAUGACGUGUGGUGAUACCAUGUGGAUCUGUAACACUGUUGAGUGGCAAAUGUAAUAUACUUACAAAAACCCUUGUCUAAAAAAGUAAAGUGAAUCUACAGGCCUUUGAGGUGACUAUCCUGUACAGAAACCAAUGAUUGUAAACCUUGACUUAAACCUAUUAAAGCUUCUGUAGAAAACUGA